AUGUUCCUGGUACCCAAAAGUUUGAAACAAAAAUACAGCGUCUUAAAUCCUGAUUAUUGCUUGUUAAACCGCAAAAGUUUCAUGCUUGGAAUCGAAGUGGUUUUGCAUUUACAAAUAAAAGUGUCAAGUAAGGUAUAUCCCAUUUGGACGUCAUGCCAACCGGCACGUAUAGCUAAACAGACGUCUAGCCAUGGAAAAAAACUGAUAGUUAUAGCUAGUGUUGCGAGAAUACGGAAAAUAUAACUACGGAUGCAAGUUACGAGAUUUUGAGCUUUUAAACCGAUAAAAUCGGAGUAGGAAGUAUUAAAUGUCUUAUCCCGGUCUGGCUCGCUUAAAGGGAAAUGGCAAUAUAUUUUUUUUCAUCUUUAAAAUAAAGCUUAGCUUAAAACUUACUAAAAAUGAGUAAAAGUUUAAUCUUUAAAAAGUUGCGUCCGUAGAAAAUAGUGAUUGUUUAUACCCAAAUAUUGUGCUUCGUCCGCCAUCUUGAAAUGAAUUCUUGUAUGCUAAUUUAUGCAGAUUUAACAUCUGUGACGUCACAACCUGGGUUGAAGGUUAUAGCGCGAAAUGUAAAUAUUUUGCCGGCAAUUCUUUCACGAUGUACUGUCCCGUUUACGCGUGCACAAGCGAUAGCAAAAAGAAUACUGAAAAGAAGACACACUUUUUCGCAUUCCCAAAGCCGAUUAAUGAGGAAGAACAAAAAUGACUCAACAUCUGGAUUGAAUUUUGCAAGAGAAAAAGCUUCGUUCCGUCAAAAUGCACGUGUUUGUGUUCAUUACAUUUUAGCCAAGAUGCAUAUAUACCCUCACAUUCUCCUUGCUUUUUGGAGUCAAUAAACUUUAAUGGAAAACGAAAAUUAUUGCUUAAACCCAACGCCGUACCGACUAUAAAUAAAGCACUUGAUGCAGCUAAAUCAGACAAGCCUUCAGAAACCAAGAAGAGACAGACAGGAAUUCUGUCGAGGAGAAAAGUAAGUGUAUUAUGUAAUUAUGAUAGAGGGUCCUAAAGGGGUAAAGUGGAUGCUGGUAUUCGCCUGUUUUUGGGCUGAGAAAUGGUGAUCUCAUCCACUGAGACUGGGAUUCACCAUCAACAAAAAGCAAUAAAAGAAUAGGAGAACUGGGACCCCCCCCCCCCCCUCUCAGGACCCCAUUGCUUAUGGAUACAACUUGAUGUAGUAUGGAGGAGGAGUGGGCUUAGUGAAGGCUUGCUUGAAUAUUGCCAUAAGGAGGGUGUUGACUAUACCAGUAUUAACAGCCCCCAGCAAGGUCCAAGUGAUUAGCUGCUAUUAACUUGGGGGGGGGGGGCACCUAAUCAGAAAGCUCAGGGCCAAAAAAAUGCUGAAUAUUAAUAAUCAUGAACAACAGAGGCAUUGCAACACCAACCUCGUACCCAGGGCUUCUGCGCUCCCUGGGUACGAGGUUGUGGCAACAUGGGUAUAUAAUUCAAAACAAUUAAUAUGAUAUGGAAAUUGGCACCCCGUCUUGGCCAAGGCUGGGGGAGGGUGCUUUAUGCCCUCCCCCCCCCCCCCAUAUCCAUCUCCGAAUAAGAAACCACAUGUAAUGCAAAUGCACAUACUUAGUUUUAUUUGUUUUUUAAGGAGGUUGAUCACUUGAUAUUUCAAGCAAAAAUAUCUGUUGAAGCGACAAAUGCCACAGAAAUUGAAGAAGCCACAUCUGGUACUGAAACAUGCGAACAGGAGGUUACAUGCAAUGUCGCCAGACCCUCAAACGCAAUCCAUGUUCAAACUUUGCCAGUGGAAUAUUCUGGGAGAAGUCAAGGUACACAAACAAAAGAAAGUACCAAAACCAAGGUCACAAAAGGAACACAAACCUACAUCACCAGUGACUUGUUGUCAAAUUACUUGUCAAAGCACAAGAUGGUCUCAACCGGUUCACAAACUGAUCCAGUCAACAUGGUUAUGGACAAAGAUGAAAACACCAAUAGCGAUGAAAGUGGGAAAGCAAGUGAAGGUGUGAGCAUUACACAGGCUCAUUGGAAGUUAGCAGAAGUACUAAGAAUUCAGACCUACAGCAAUCAGAAAAUGAAUCAGACGUUGAAGAAAGUUUUGAUGAAGAAAGUUGUACUGAAGACUGUAGUAUGA